AGUUUUCAUCUGACGUGGUCUAUCUUCCUCAAAGGAAAAGAAACGAUUUGAAGCAUUUAAGACUCCACGGAGUUCUCACUCCCGACCGGAAAACGAAGAUCUACUUAGCUUGCGCGAAUCAAUCAUGCAAGUUCAUACCCCAGGACUCUGAAUCUGGAGCAACUUUGCUUAAAUUUGAUCGGUUUAAAUUGUUUGGGUUUCUGUGUCUCUGUACUUCGUAAUUCGGAUACUAUUUUUUGCAUUUUUUUUGGCACUGGGAUUGAAGAGUGUUAGCUUAGCUGCCUGCUGUUGUUCACUGUUAAAUGGUGGAUUCGGAUGGGGAUAUAGCAUUGGAGAGUUCUGACGCGCAGGAACUGAUUGCAUAUGACGACGAUUCCAUUGUAGAACCAUAUGAGGGUAUGGAAUUCGAAUCUGAAGAUGCUGCCAAGAUAUUUUAUGAUGAGUAUGCACGGCAUGUUGGAUUUGUCAUGCGUGUGAUGUCAUGUCGUCGGUCUGAAAGAGAUGGUAGGAUUCUUGCUCGUCGACUUGGGUGUAAUAAGGAGGGACACUGUGUUAGUAUUCGAGGUAAAUUUGGGCCGGUUCGAAAACCACGAGCAAGUACAAGGGAAGGUUGCAAGGCAAUGAUUCACGUAAAGUAUGAUAAAUCCAGUAAAUGGGUGAUUACAAAAUUCAUAAAGGAUCAUAAUCAUCCACUAGUGGUGUCCCCACGUGAAGCUCGUCAAACCUUGGAUGAGAAGGAUAAGAAAAUUCAAGAAUUAACUGCAGAGCUUCGGAACAAGAAACGGCUGUGCACUACAUAUCAGGAACAGCUAACGGCAUUUACUGAGAUCGUUGAAGAGUAUAAUGAACAGCUAUCCAAGAAAGUUCAAAAUGUAAAGAGCAAUAUUAAAGAAUUUGAGGCCAUAGAUCAGGAGCUUUCACAGCAUAGAUAGCCUUCAAUUGAGAUGCAGGCUGCAGCCAUGCGAGCAAAUCCAAUUUGUCCGUGACUGCGCAGACGUGCAAGCACUGAUGGAGCUGCUUAAAACGGUGACCAGUUCAUGAGCUGCAAUCGCGCUUAAAUUUACUCGUUUUUGUGCAGCAACUUGAAAGCAUUGCCACGGUCCAAGUGCAUAUUUUGAAUGGUGCAAGAUAAUAUCCGAGAGGCGUAACGGGUGGCUAACUGCGGUUAUAUUGGGCAUCGGCGUCCCAAAGUCUAGACAGAGAAAUAGUUUGUGUCCAUUUUAAAGGAAUUUGGUAGCAUUUUAGAGUUGUGGAAACCGAAUCCGCUUGUACAUAAUUUCGAUACUAGAAGCCUAGAAGGUAGAUUUUUACUUCUCGUAUGCUGUUGCCAUCACGCUUUUCUGUACUCCGUCGAACAUCUUUUGCUGCCAGCGGUUGAAGCUUCCUCGCUUGAACUUUUCUGGUUUUCGAGCGUGAGAGUUCUUUGAACACACCUAGCAUGAAAUGCAUUUCUAUUUAACAUUUUGUA